GAAGGCUAGCUGGGGAAGAGUUGUGAGAACUGCAAGGGGGAAGUAGUUCAUUUCAGUGGCUGACAUCCAGACAACGAACAAUAUGCUUGGUCCCCCAGCAUCCUUCUUCCUCGUCCUUCUCCUCUGCCAGCUCACAGGGCCAGCAACCUCUGGAGCUCUGAAGGAGCUUGUUGGCGACCUUGGUGGGUCUGUGAUCUUCCCUUUGAAGCUCCCAAGAAUUCAGAUUGACAGCCUUGUCUGGAUCUUCAACACAACACCUCUCAUCACCAUACAGCCAAAAACACCAGACAGACAACCCAACGUCAUAGUGACCCAGAGUCAUAACAAGGAAAGGGUGGACUUCCUACUUGGAAACUAUUCCCUGAAGCUCAGCAAACUGGAUAAGAGUGACUCGGGUGAUUACCGCGUGGUGAUAUACAGCUCUUCCCUCAAAGACCCCUUCAUCCAACAGUAUGAGCUGCGUGUCUACGAGCACCUGUCAAAGCCCAAAGUUACCAUGGGUCUACAGAACAAUGAGAACGGCACCUGUGUGACUAAUUUGACAUGCUUCAUGGACCAGGGAGGAGAGGAUGUGACCUACAGCUGGGAGUCCCUGGGGCAGGCAGCCAAUGAGUCCCACAAUGGCUCCAUCCUCCCCAUAUCCUGGAGGCUGGGAAAAAAGGGCAUGACCUUCAUCUGUGUGGCCAGGAACCCCAUCAGCAGCAAUUCUUCAAACCCCGUUUUUGCCUGGAAGCUCUGUGAAGGUGCUGCUGAUGACUCAGAAUCCUCCGUGGUCCUGUACAUUCUGGGGGUGAUCUUCCUGCUCAGUGCCUUUGCCCUGGUGCCAGUUAUUCUAAUUACGAGGAAAGAAAGAAAGGAAGAGUCCAUUGAAGAGAAGAAGGGAAUGGAUACUCAUCAGGAAAUUCUUAACAACUGUCCUUCUGGAGAGACCCCAGUGUAUGACACAAUCACCUGUGUUAAUAACACUAUUCCAGAGGAAAAUCCAGUAAAUACACUUUAUUCCUCCGUGCAAAUACCCCAAAAGAUGGAGAAACCCCACUCUCCACCCACAUCACCGAACAUGCCAAGGUUAUUUGCCUAUGAGAAUGUCAUCGAAACAGCAGUGCAUCCCUUCUGGGUCACCCCAAAGAAAAUUUAAAAAAAAAAAGAAUCACUGAAUUGACCAGAAAUACUGAGGAAGAAUGAAAAACACUGACUUCCUUCCAGAAUAACUAUCCUAAUUCCAUCCACUCCUGAGAAAUCUCCUCAAACCCCAAAUGUGUAACUAUCCCUUCCUGGAAAUGUUGUUGUGAAUUUAUCAGCCAACCCCAAGCAAGAGGCUUAGAAGUAUCUCUAUUGAAAUAGAAAUGCAUUGUCCAUCGGAUGAAUGACAUCUCCCACUGCAGGGUUUGGAGAUCAGGACUAGACCAAAAGUCUGGUGACCAAAAGAGUAAGAACGUAGGAAUGGCAGAUAUUUCCAGAGAAAGCAGAUGUAGCAGCCUGAAAUGGAUUCAUUAACCAACUCCUUACCUAUGUGCUUGGCACUGUGCUGAGUUUAUGCUGAUUUUGCUCAGGUGUGCUCUCUGUUCUCAUGAAAUUGGUUUCUCAUGAAUGACUUCCGUGGACAUUAGCAGCAGAUCUGACCACAAAUUCCCAAUAACCAGAGAGUCAGGGUGGAUCCAUAGGACUUGGGAGCCAAAGUGCAUAAGGACAGAGAACCCAGGCAGAAGACUGGGUUUGGCUGGAUGGAUACUCCAAAGUGGCUUGACCUGAAGACAAGGACCACGGCCUCAGCUUCAUUUCCACUCUGUGCUGCAAGUGAAAAGCCAGGGCCAGAGGGCCUGUUCAGAACCUUAUGUCAAUGGAGAAACUGAACUUGAAGAUGCACUUGGAAUGUGUUGUAAGACUUGGAGUUAAGGGUGAUCGUGCGUAAUAUUUAAAGUCACAUGGUUCAUUCAACUAAUAUUUAUUGAGGAUCUCUGACGGGUCAGUCUGGCAAAUAAAACAGACGUAAUUCCUUCCUCCCUUUUUAGAGUUUACCUUUUUAAUGAAAUGAAAUACAUGGGGAGGAGGACGGUUGCUUUUGAUAUGUUUCUGGACACACCCUGAAUGAAAAUAUUGGGAAGGGAUGUGAUGCCCCGGCUCCAAGGGGUGUAAACUGUCAAAUGACAAAGCUAAAACAGUUUUGUUUGAAGUCCUUUAUUCAAAAGGAUUGGGGAGCACAGCGACUCAGAAGCAGUGGAGUACUCUUCUCAAGGGAUUUUGGGCAAGAUCAAGUUUUAUAAAGCAUUAGAAGAGGCAACACGGAAACAAGGCACAAUUGGCUAGGAGAGUGGGGAUUUCCAGAGCAAGGUGAACCUCCCAACAACAGGAAAGUUUCCUAAGACACUUUUCUCCCACGCUCAUCCGCAUCUCACAACCUCUUGCAAGGGGCUGUGUUGCUUUCACGUAAAGUAUUGCUCUGUAGGUCCUCACAGGACUCCUAUAAGGCAAGCUGCUCUGGGGUACUUAUGUCCAUUCUUACAAAUGUUGAAAUUGAGGCAAAGAGAAACUUCAGUAUGUGACAAAAGCUAGGAAAAAAAUAAAAAGCAGCGCCCGCUCUACCACCCAUCAUCCACCACAAAGGAUGAGGAAGAUGGGAGCUCAAAGCUUGAGAGGGGUGGAUCCCCCUCUUCCCAGGUGUAGCAUGGAGGAAAGGACAUAGUUAUGGAGACAAGCAGGCCCGGGGUCAAAAGCCCUUACUACCAGAUUGACCUUUGACCUUUGCCAAAGACUUGGGUUCUGUGAGCCUCUAUUUUCUUAUUUCUUUUUUUUUUUUUUUAAGAAUUUAUUUAUUUGACAGAGAGAGAGAGAGACAGCCAGCGAGAGAGGGAACACAAGCA